GUGUAAAAGCAAACUAUAAUUUCUAUAGGAAGCAAAAUGAAGCUUUCCCUUAUCUUUCUGGCCAUUUGUGUGGCUCUUUCCCAACAACAAUUUUAUCGUCGAUGUAUGAUAAUAGGUUAUCCCUGGAUGUCGCCGUUUGUCCACUAUUCAAUGCUCAACGAUGACGUGGAUAACUCUCCAUUCGUUGGCGACUACAGCAAUGCUCAAGCAAGGGUUAAGGGCUACGGACCUAUGCGUCAAGAUACGUCCACGGCCGAAGAAGAAAUGGGACAAAAUCGAUUUCUGCUCAGCUCGGGCUCGUCGUCUUCCAUGAGGAAUCCCUUGUUGAAAACUAUCACCUUCACGAUCACGUCAACUUGCACGGCAUUGAGCAUCACGACGUGCGUUGCCAUGACCAACCUUUCGCCGAAUCCAGUUGCAUGCGCUGGACGAAGAAGACGGUUUGCCGAAUACAACGACGAGCAAGGCGAGGACAUUACAGCCCAAUAUCCCAUUAUUCCCAGUGAAGUCAGAAUUGUAAUGCCAACUGCUGAGCCCAGCACAGGCCUGACCCGCAAUUCUCGUGAAUUGCCAUUUGGUGUAUUUUCAUCGAUGGACGACGGUGAGGAUUCGAACGGCAUGGCCAGUACGGGCAUGCAAAACCGUGGUAAACGUUUCUUCCAACAAAUUUGGAAUGGAUUUGCCACUGGAGUAACAGUAACGACUUGGUCAAUCACCUCGAGCACCUUAACUUCGACCCUUGUUAUUCCUGGAGUUAGUACCGUCCUUCCUUGUCUACCAGCUGGUUACGGCAUUUGCUAAAUUGCAGUUGGCAAACCAAGCGCUACUUUCCCUUAACCUUAAGCCACGGACAUAAAGUUACC